UUCGUCUGAGGGUACAGUAGACAGGCCGAGACAGACACAGUAGCAAGCAACAACGGAGAGAAAGUGGGAAGCUCGUACCAGAACCAGACCAGGAACAGGAACAGGAACAGGACCAGACAUCAUCAUCUUUUCUCAUCUCUGCCAAUCUCUCUUCUCUUCGAUCCCGUCAACAUUCGGUCUUGUGGGGUUGGUUUGGAUUUAGGCAGUAGCGAAGUGGUGUGGGGAGAUGUGGUGGAAAAUGGGCAGAUGAAGAGGACCCACGCCCACCCCUCCCUCCCCGGAGGAAAAAAGAGGAACAAACGAGAAAAUGGCUGAGGAGAGAGAAAAAGAAAAAAGAAAACAAAGGUGAAAACUUUCAUGUACUUUCCACACUGUGCCCAUUGACGCCCCCACCUGCAGUUCUGAACUGAACCCUUCAAAGGUUUUUCCCUUUUCGUUUCAUCUCUCUGUGAUCCUCUGCUAUCUGCCCCUGCAGAGGUUUCCUUCCUUGCUUUGCUUUUGGUGGGCGUGAGGAACAGCAAGCAUUGGUUUGACUUUGCCGGGUUGAAUCUGAAGCAAAAAGGGUCAGAUUUUGUGGAGCUUCAUCGCGUUGUUAAGUCAGAGAAUCAAUCAAUCUGAUACUGGGUUUCCGUUAGAUUCUGUGUAUUCCUUGUGUUGGAUUCAGAGCCCUUUUUCAGGAAAAUGUCUGCCAGCUCAUAGGGAGAACAAGAAGGAACUUAUCAUAUGGGCUGGUGGACCAAGCUUUUCAAAGGUUCGGGCCACAGAGGGCAUUAUCAUGGAAGAUAUGGAGCCGAUAACAAUUGGGAAGAGCCUCAAAAUCCAUCGGAUGACUUAACAGACAUUGAGAGAGAACAAAUUGAUCAUGCGAUUGCUCUUUCACUCUCAGAGGAGGAUCAGAAAGGGAAAAAAGUGAUUGUUGAAGAAGAAAAUGUAGAGGAAGAUAAAGAACCUGAUACACCUCCAAAGGAGGAAGAGGACCCAGUUGACACGAAUGUGGAGGACAACGACUAUAAAAAAGCUCAGUUGGAGGAGGAUGAAGAAUUGGCCAUGGCUAUUCAAGAGAGUUUGAUUUUCGAAUCUCCUCCUGAUCCUCCUCCUGCUCCUGCACCUGCUCCUGCCUCUCCUCCUUCAAGAUAUGACAAUGGAAACCUGUUUCAGCCCUACCCCAUCUUAUCUUCCGGCUACAGAAUCUGUGCAGGCUGCAAAACAGAGAUUGGUCGCGGGCGAUUCUUGAGUUGCAUGGGCGGUGUUUGGCAUCCCGAGUGCUUCUGCUGUCAUGCCUGCAAACUUCCAAUUACCGAUUUCGAGUUUUCGAUGUCGGAUAACCGGCCCUAUCACAAAUCCUGCUACAAGGAGCAUCAUCACCCGAGAUGCGAUGUUUGUAAGAGCUUUAUCCCAACAAAUCCAGCCGGUCUCGUUGAGUACAGGGCACAUCCAUUUUGGUUUCAGAAGUAUUGCCCCUCACACGAGCGGGAUGGAACUCCUCGGUGCUGUAGCUGUGAAAGAAUGGAGCCGAGAGACACGAAGUACUUGUCCCUUGACGAUGGUCGGAAAUUGUGCCUUGAAUGUUUGGACUCAGCCAUCAUGUACACUCACGAGUGCCAACCCCUGUACGUCGAAAUACAAGAGUUCUACGAGGGACUAAAUAUGAAGGUGGAGCAGCAAAUUCCAUUACUCUUGGUUGAGAGACAGGCGCUCAAUGAGGCCAUGGAAGGAGAAAAGAAUGGGCACCAUCACUUGCCAGAAACCCGGGGACUCUGCUUGUCGGAAGAACAAUGUGUUACCACUAUUAUCCGGAGACCAAGAAUUGGGGCGGGCUAUCGGAUUAUUGAUAUGAUAACUGAGCCAUAUAAAUUAGUCCGAAGAUGCGACGUGACAGCAAUUCUCAUCUUAUACGGUCUUCCUAGGUUGUUGACGGGUUCGAUCCUUGCUCAUGAAUUGAUGCAUGCAUGGCUCCGGCUCAAAGGCUAUCCGAAUUUAAGUCCGGAGGUUGAAGAAGGAAUUUGCCAAGUCUUGGCCCACAUGUGGUUGGACUCCGAGCUCUACUCGAGCUCGGGAAGCGAAGCUUCUUCGUCAUCUUCUUCCUCAUCUUCUUCGUCAUCUUCUUCCCCUUCUUCCUCCUCUUCCACAUCAUCGAAGAAGGGGAAAAGGUCCGAUUUCGAGAAGAAGCUCGGGGAAUACUUUAAGCACCAGAUCGAGUCGGACACUUCCUCAGCCUAUGGAGAAGGUUUCAGGUUAGGGAACCAAGCAGUCCUCAAGUACGGACUCAGAACGACGCUUGAUCAUAUUCGGAUAACCGGAAGCUUCCCGGUGUGAGGAAAUUUGAUAAGAGAUUUUUGUAAGAUUUGUACCUCUUCAAUACAUAUAUAGGACCAAAAAUAAUUACAAAAAAAAAAAAGCGAGAAAUAUAAUGGUGUGAUCUUUUGCCCGUUCACGGUUGUAUGUUUUCUGAGAACCUAUGUAUGAAAGACCACGUAAAUGAUUUGCAAUGUCAUAAAGAAUGCAAAAGAUGGCAUAUAUAUGUA